AUGAAGAAGACCGACGAUCUCGAUAUCGACGAGGUUGUUGACAAGUGCCUGGAGGUGAAAGGAGGCAAGCCGGGGAAGCUCGUGCAGAUCCCAGAGGGCCAGGUGAAAGGCUUGUGCACCACAGUUCGCGCCAUCUUCCUCGACCAAAGUCCCUUGCUCGAGUUGGAAGCCCCAUUGAAGAUCUGCGGUGACGUUCAUGGUCAAUAUCAUGACCUUCUGCGUCUUUUCGAGUACGGCGGCUUCCCCCCUGAGAGCAACUACCUUUUCCUGGGCGACUACGUGGACCGUGGCAAGCAGAGCUUGGAGACCAUCAUCUUGCUUUUUUCCUACAAGGUGAAAUUCCCUGAGAACUUCUUCCUCCUGCGUGGCAACCACGAGUGUGCUUCCAUUACACGAAUCUACGGCUUCUAUGAUGAAUGCAAGAGACGCUACAACAUCAAGCUUUGGAAGCAGUUCUGCGACGUCUUCAACUGCAUGCCUGUUUGCGCUAUCAUUGACGAGAAGAUAAUUUGCAUGCACGGCGGCCUCUCCCCUGAGAUCACCAGCUUCGACCAGGUCAAACGGAUCGUACGCCCCACUGACGUCCCGGACACCGGUUUGAUCUGCGACCUCUUGUGGGCAGACCCUGACAAGGACAUUGCCGGAUGGGCUGAGAACGAUCGUGGCGUCUCUUUCAUUUUUGGCCCGGAUGUUGUCACAAGCUUCCUUCAGAAACACGACAUGGACCUGGUAUGCCGGGCCCAUCAGGUUGUUGAAGACGGUUACGAGUUCUUCGCCAAGCGCCAGCUGAUCACGCUAUUCAGCGCGCCCAACUACUGUGGGGAGUUCGACAAUGCUGGUGCCAUGAUGUCCAUCGAUGAGACGCUGAUGUGCAGCUUCAAGGUGUUGAAGCCUGUGAAGAAGAAGUGA